AUGGCGGCUGGGCUGUUUGGUUUGAGCGCUCGCCUUCUUUUGGCGGCAGCGGCGACGCGAGGGCUCCCGGCCGCCCGCGUCCGCUGGGAAUCUAGCUUCUCCAGGACUGUGGUCGCCCCGUCCGCUGUGGCGGGAAAGCGGCCCCCAGAACCGACCACACAGUGGCAAGAGGACCCAGAACCCGAGGACGAAAACUUGUAUGAGAAGAACCCAGACUCCCAUGGUUAUGACAAGGACCCCGUUUUGGACGUCUGGAACAUGCGACUUGUCUUCUUCUUUGGCGUCUCCAUCAUCCUGGUCCUUGGCAGCACCUUUGUGGCCUAUCUGCCUGACUACAGGUGCACUGGGUGUCCAAGGGCGUGGGAUGGGAUGAAAGAGUGGUCCCGCCGCGAAGCUGAGAGGCUUGUGAAAUACCGAGAGGCCAAUGGCCUUCCCAUCAUGGAAUCCAACUGCUUCGACCCCAGCAAGAUCCAGCUGCCAGAGGAUGAGUGACCAGUUGCUAAGUGGGGCUCAAGAAGCACCGCCUUCCCCACCCCCUGCCUGCCAUUCUGACCUCUUCUCAGAGCACCUAAUUAAAGGGGCUGAAAGUCUGA